AUAUAUAGUUGAUGAAUCAACUUCACUUACUUUCCCAUAUAUUGUGAUGUAUGUCUAACAUAAUUAGAAACCAUGCUGAUUUUUUAUUUAUUUAUAGAGUAUUAGAUAAUAAACUAUAAUUACCACUCGAUGUUUUUAGUACACAAAAGUUGAAAAUUUGAACGUACUAUCUUUCGCGUUACCGGCAACCGCAGAAUCAUCAUGCUUGCAAAAUUAAUUCCCAACCUCUCAUUUCCACUCCAAUAACAAUUCCACACACAAACCAAAAAAAAAAAAAAAAAUGUCACCAACUCUUUCAUAUUCUUCUUCCUCCAUAUUUGAUCUAAGCCAAACUCUUUCUUCAUCACAUUCAAAAACAUUUGUUAUUUGCGUGACCAAUACCCCCAUAUCAUUUCAUCCCCAUCCGGGGUUGAUUUGAUAUCUGAUAAAGUACAUUUUCUCCACUAGUCCUAGAGGCAUAUUUAUCAUUUUAAAACAUCUUUCAGGAACACGUGAGAAGAUGUUCAAGCAAGGUGGCAUGGACAUUGAGUCCGGCCAAAAAGGCGGUGGCGUUGGUGGUGGCCAAAUAUAUCCAGGGCAAAUGGAAGAUCCUCAGAUGAGAUGGGCAUUUAUCAGAAAAGUUUACUCCAUUAUAUGUGUGCAGCUUUUCGUCACCGCCGUGAUCGCCACCGCCAUGUUCUUCACUCCGGCAGUCAAAGUUUACAUGCGAACCAUUAUGGGCAAAGUCACCAUUAUUGUCCUUCUUGUCAUCGCUUUUAUACUUGUCUUCUUGAUGGCAAAAUACGGCAAAAAACAUCCAUGGAACUAUGUACUUAUGUUCGUGUUCACCUUGUGUCUGGCAUGUGUUGUUGGAGUGGCCUGCGCAUUUAAAAGCGGGGAAACUAUCUUGAUGGCUGCUGGGCUAACAGUUCUUAUAACUGUUAGUCUUACCCUCUACACAUUUUGGGCUGCAAGUAAAGGCAAAGACUUCACCUUUCUUGGCCCAUUCUUAUUUUGUGCCUCUAUAGUCCUCUUUAUGUUUCUUCUAAUGCAGUUUGUUCUGCAUCUAGGAAAAGAAGCACGCGUGGUAUAUAGUUGUCUUGCAGCACUCCUAUUCUCAGCGUAUAUCAUAUACGACACAAAUAACUUAAUCAGGAACUUCACAUACGAUGAAUAUGUCAUCGCAGCAAUCUGCCUUUUCGGAGACAUCGUUAACCUAUUCUUAGCUCUUCUUGGCCUCACUGGUGAUUAAAGAAAUAGAUACUCCAAUUUGCUUGGAAAAAAUGUUUGUACUUAAUAAUUUUGUGGAAUAGAGCCUAUGAUUUUUUUUUUUAAUUAGCAAACUGGAAGAUUUCCUAGUCUUGAGAAUGUUUAGUACUGCCCUAAAUGUAUGGUUCGUUUAAUGUACAAUUGGGCGAAGAAAUAUAUUG